UUUCAAAGGUCAUACAUUAAAUAUGCUAAAAUCAAACAAGCGAAACCGAGUGYCUGUCUUGACAAUAAUGGCGUCUACCAAUGAUUAUCUAAGAUGUCUUGCAUUGACUUUGUUUGCUAUCCUAUAUCCUUCUGGUUCUCUUGGAAUUCRGAAAUGUGUCCCUCUUCAAAAAGGACCAUUUUCAAAGUGUUCUUUGGCGGGGUAUAAUUACACAUUUCCUCUUCCUUCGGGAUUAUCAAAACGUUCCCUGAUGUACAUAAAGUCAAGCGUCAACUACUAUAUGAGUAGCAUACAGAACUGUUCUGCCGGUGCGAUAGGCGAAACCAUGGCCUGUGCCUUUCUUGCGCCAUACUGCAGGGAAUCAAGUUUCAAGCCCUUACUCCCGUGUAAAAGGGUCUGUUCUGAGUUCCUCAAAAGAUGCGAAGGUUCACUUCCAGACUUCGUAGUCGAUAUUUUGAUAGGUUUGUGUAGCGUGCUGCCAAACGCAACAGCAAGCGAUGGAACCUGCUACGAACCUGUAAAUUUCCACUUUCACUAUAAUUCAACACGAAAGGGUCCGCUGGAGCGAAGCUGCUCUCCGGUUAUCAUUCCCAUAUGUCAAAACAUUGGCUAUACACAUACCAUAUUAACUCAUGAAAGGCAACUAACUUKAUACAACCGCUGGUAUCUGAAAAACUACACCAAGUCCUCCAGUGCAUCGAUCCCACAUCCUAACUCAGGGGCCCAGAGAUUAAUCAACCUGACUAAAAAAUUCAAUAGAUGCGGUGUAAACGUGAAAAAACUUUUCUGUGCCGAGUACAUUCCUCCGUGUUUCGAGCAAGAAGGAAUAGCGUACUACACGGCCUGCCAGGACGUCUGCAAGAAUGUYACUGUAGAAUGCCCAGAAGUGCUUCGUUCCCGAAUGAGGUUUUUCUUGUAUUGCGAGAAAUUAGCUUUUGGUGACCCAUAUAAAGGGUUUUGCAAGCAUCGUUCGUGGCCGCCACCCAUGAAAUGGCUAGAUAUCUUCAAAGAUCGUAAACGCCGACCCAAUAAACCGCCCAAGCCUUCAGGAGUAGGUGGCGGAGCUGUAGCGGCCAUUAUAGUUGUUCCGGUGAUAAUAGUGGGGACUAUCAUAGCCAUGGUGUACUUGUACAAAAAACGUAAACUUACUUCACGCGGUUAUGCACGUCAGCAAGACGACAACGUUGAACUGGUUACAUGAUUGUUUGAWUUUUUUUCUUUUGUGAUAUGAACUUCAAGCAGACAUUUGUGCAUAAGCUUGUAGAAUUAUGACUUUCUGUGAGCCAUAUAAAGCUACAUCGAAMAAAACUAUUAUAACAAAAGGCACUUUCUAGUUAUUUCUCAGAUCGUUCAUAUUGCUAGAUGCUUUCCAAAGGCAGACUGGUUGUUUUCUAGGGAACCUGAUAUAAUGCCUAGGAGUAUAAGCGAUCUCCAGAAUAACGCCAAUUUUCUUCCGGAAACUCCAGUUUCCUUCAGAUCCCAAAUCCAGAUGUUCAUUAUAUGAUCUUGAUGCAGCAUUCGUUUACAUGACUUCUGCUUGCAUCUGUAAAAAGAUACUCUUCAUGACAUAGAUUUGGCGUGCGACACAGUUGUAUGGGCUGAUGUUUCCGGACUUAACCCCCUUAUAGUGCAACGUGGAUUUCACGAAAUCAUCUUAUGCCGCUGCCGCGUUUUGUUUUACAUUCUGUUACAGCACAUUGCUUGCGAAUAACACCUUUUCAGGACCUGACUGUAUGAAGGGGUCUGUCGGGGUGGACUGGGCUGAUUUGUUUUGUUUUGAGUCCCCCAGGGGAAAGAAAACAAAAGAAACCAGUACGUUUUACCUGGCCGCUCAACUGGCGGGUUUCAAACUAGAAAUGUAAUGCUAAUUUUCAGGUUUAUUAA